AUGGAGUUUGAGCCAUGUGUUGAAGUUGGUUCAUAUUUUGGAAGUGGGAAGGAAUGUGAGGAUGAAGACAAGGUUGCUUCCGGUGGUUCAAUUUCUAAUAGAGGUAUCCAUGGACCUAUGGAUAGAUUUAUGGUGAAAGGGAAUGCUAGUGGUGAUGAAACAACCACUAUUAUAUCACCUCAAAAUGCAAAGGAAUUACGUAAACAAGUUUGUUUAGAUAUUAGGAGGUUUUUCUAUGAAAAUGCAAUACCAUUCAAUGUGGCAAGGAGUCCUUCAUUUGUGAGCAUACUUCGGUUAGUUGGUGCAUAUGGUCGGGGAUUUAAGUAUCCUAGCAUGUACAAGCUUAGGACUUGGAUUUUGAAGGAAGAAUUUAAGACAACGGAAGGAUUUGUUAAUGAGAUUAAGAGUACAUGGCCAUUAACUGGAGUUUCAAUCAUGUUUGAUGGUUGGCAAGAUGUUAGACAUCGGAGUCUAAUCAAUUUCCUUGUUAAUAAUCCUAGUGGCAAAAUAUUUCUUAAAUGUGUUGAUGCUUCUGAACAUGUUAAGGAUGCUAAAUUGUUGUUUCAGUUGCUUGAUGAAGUUGUUGAGGAAGUUGGAGAAGAACUUGUGGUUCAAGUGAUCACUAAUAAUGCAAGCAACUACCGUGCAACAGGGUGGACAAAUAGUAGUUAUGCAAGCAAAGCUUAUGGGAAGGAAGUUAGAAAAAUAAUUUUGAAGGAUAACAACUUUUGGCCUUGUUUGAUUUAUGGUAUCAAGAACACAAAACCAUUGGUUGAAGUAUUGAGGCUAGUAGAUGCAGACAAAGAGCCUGCUAUGGAUUUUCUUUAUAAUGCUAUGGAUGAGGUUAAACAAAAGAUAGCAAAAAACUUGGGUGGAGAAGAAAAAGAUUACAAGGAGAUAUGGGAGAUCAUUGAUGACAAAUGGGAUUUUCAAAUGCACCGACAUUUGCAUGCAGCUGCCUACUAUCUAAAUCCAUGUUGCCAUUAUUCUCCUGAUUUUUCUACACAUCCAGAGAUCAAGCUUGGCUUAUUCCAUUGCUUAGACAAGCUCAUACCCAAUAGAGAUGACAUGGAGAAAGCCGACCUAUAA